AUGGAGAGCGGCCGUCGCAGCGAGAUGGGGGACGAUGCGCCUCUGAGCCGGGUGCCCCCGCCCAGCGCCCUGUGCCGGGGUGACGGGCUCUGGCUUCUGCUCCCAGCCUUGCGGCUCCCCGCUCCCCGGCGUGGCAAUGCCCCGGUGCGGCUUCCCAGCCUGGUCCCUCGCCGGGCUGCUCCCGGCUCUGUGCGCUCAUCCCAGCCCAUUCCAGGACCACCCACCAACCCCUUCGAGGUGGCGCUGGAAGGGACCUCCUCGGAGGUGGGCUAUGGUGGGACGGUGCUGCUGAACUGCUCCACCAGCUGCCGCGACGCCGGGGCGCCCGGGGGGCUGGAGACCUCCCUCAGCAAGGACUCAUCCCAGCCCAUUCCAGGACCACCCACCAACCCCUUCGAGGUGGCGCUGGAAGGGACCUCCUCGGAGGUGGGCUAUGGUGGGACGGUGCUGCUGAACUGCUCCACCAGCUGCCGCGACGCCGGGGCGCCCGGGGGGCUGGAGACCUCCCUCAGCAAGGAGUGGGUGGGCCGGGGGCCGGGCUGGCUGAGCAUCCGGCUCCGCAACAUCACCGAGCCCCUCUCCGACAUCAUCUGCUACGUCUCCUGCUUCGGGGAAAGGAAGGUGGUGACUUUUACGGUGCUGGCUUACGAGCUCCCCCAGCCUCACCUGGCCAUCAGCAACCCCAACGCCUCCUGCAACGAGACGGUGGCCAUCGCGUGCUCCUCGGUGCCCAGCUGGCCCCCGGGGCUGAAGCUGUGGCUCCGCAGCAGCCGCCGGCCCCUGCAGCCCUGGGCAGAGGGGCCCGUGCACCUGGAGCUGACGGCCGGGGAGGAUGACGAUGGGACCGAGUUCUCCUGCGAAGCGCAGCUCAGCGUGGGCAACCGGACGCUGCGGAAGAGCUCGGCCACGGACAUGCUGGGAGUCAUGUACCACGACCCCGACGUGGUGGUCCCGGUGCUGGUGGUGGUGCUGGCGGUGGCCGCCCUGCUUACCGGCCUGACGGUCUACAGGAUCUACUACCGCAAGAAGAAAAUCCGGCAGUACCUGCUGCAGGAGCGGCACAGGCGGCUGGCGCCGCCACGCUCAGGCCAGGGCCGUGCCGGGAUCCCCGCUCCCACCCUGGUGCGGGGACGUCACCGCUGCCCUCCUGGCAGCUCCGCAUCCUCACCGGAGCCCGCCGGCACCGCCGCCAAUGCCAGUUGCCGGAUCGCCGGCGCCUUCCCCGCUGGGGACGUCCGCUUCAGCAUCACCCUGGCAGAGCAGAGCCUAAACUUCACCGUGACGGCGACCGGGGACGUGCUCACCGCCGUCACCGUGCUCUCAACCAGCACCCCGGGGCAGCAGGAGCUGACCUGCACCGCCACGGUGGCGACGGCAGCACGGACAGCACGGACGUGGCUCCACGUCUACCGCUUCCCGGCUCCCGUCCUGGAGCUGAGCCCGGCAUCGGCACCAGCGGGCAGCGAGGUGACGGUGGCGUGCCGCGCCGGGGUUGCCGACCCCCCUGCCGUCCGGCUGCAGCUCCGUGAUGCCGACGGGGGGGUCCUGGCCGAGGGGCCGCAGGCCCGGCUAGAGCUGCGGUUGGUGGCCCGGCGGGAGGAUGACGGGCGGCAAUUCGGGUGCCGGGCCAGCCUGGCCAUCGCUGACGGCAUGGUGACAAAAGACACAGACACCCGGCUCGCCGUGCUCUACAAGCCCGAAAUGGCAGCGAGCGACUGCCCCAGCAACCGCACAUGGCUGCGGGGGACACGGGAAGCGCUGUCCUGCCGUGCCACCGGCAACCCUGCACCCACCGUCGUCUGCGGCAGGGACGGGGGCGCCGGCCGCACCCGGGGGGCGGGGUGGGAGCCCGCGUGCCGCGCCGAUGGGGCCCCCCCACCCAGCCCCCGCUGCGCCCGCGAUGGCGGUGCCCACCGCACCCGGGGGAGCCGGGCCGUCAGCCGGGCCGACGCCGGCCGCUACAUCUGCCGGGCCACCAACAAGCACGGCUCGGCUGUUCGCAGCGUUGUUGUCACCGUCGAGUAUGAGCCGAGCAUCGGCGAGAUGGGCUGCCCGGCGCGGCGGCUCUGGGUGGAGGGGACGCCGGCGGAGCUGGCCUGUGCCGCCAGCGGGAACCCCCCGCCCCACGUCGCCUGUGCCAAGCUGGGGGACGGCCAGGACCCCCCUCCGGCGAGCCCCAACGUCACCCGCGCCCACGCCGGCACCUACCAGUGCCGGGCCACCAACACCCACGGCUCUGCCCUCCGCAAUGUCACCGUCGCCGUCGAGU